UUCUACUUGCAAGAUACACGUAGCAGUAAUGGAACAUUUGUAAAUAAUCAGCGACUUAGUAAAGCAACUGAAGAAAGUGCUGCAGUCGAAGUUAAUUCGUGUGAUAUUGUGCAGUUCGGGGUUGAUGUUGUGGAUAAUACAAGAAAAUUGACACACGGGUGCAUAGUAUCACAGAUCAGGUUGUAUCUUCCUAAUGGAGAGGAAUCAAAACAAAGUUCCACCUCAAGAAACACAAGUUUAAUUGAAAAGGUUCCAUUCCAUAAUAUUCAACAACCUACUGUCCAAUCACAAGAUUUAUACCAAUUGCAUCAGUAUCUUCAAGAAGCAUUGCAUCGAGAGCAAAUGCUUGAGCAGAAACUUGCUUUACUUCAACGCUUGGUGAUCAACUCGCACGAUGCAUCAGAGAAAGGUUGGCAAGCGCUUAUUAACGAAGAUCGACUUUUAUCACGACUUGAGUUUCUUGAAAACCAACUACAAACUUUAAACAAGACACAAAGUGAAGACGAACUUCAAACAAAACUUCAACAACUACAAGAAGAGAAAUACAACUAUGAGAAUACUUCAAAGGAGACACUUCGUAAAGCUCUGCAGGAAAAGCUUGAAGCUGUUCGGAAACUUUCUAAUCUUGAAAGGUCACUCAGUAAUACAGAAGAUGAAUGUACGCACAUACGUCUCAUGCAUGAACAGACACAGAAUGAACUAGCAGAAUUAGCAGCUGCUCAUCAAACUAAAAUUAAAGACGUUCAAGACUUAACUGAACAACUAAAAGAUUCAAAAUCUAAGCUUGAAACCGAACAGAAUGAAUUACAGCAGGAAUUAACUGAUGUACAAAAAGAAAAAUCUGUUUUAUGUGAAAAGUUGAUAACCUUGGAAGCAGAUAACGAGGAACUUCAAAAAUCAGGUGAACAAAGUGAAGUAGAAACGCUUGAAAAGUUGUUGAUCAAUAAUGAAGAAAUAACAAAUUUAAUAAACUCCGGAAAAUUAAAUCAUAAUUUUAAGAAGAAAUUGGAAAAUCUGCUGCAACUACAAGAAGAGAUGGAUCUAAAAAACCAAGCUGUUGAAAAUGCUGAACGAGAAAUACUUGAUUUGAAAAAUGAAUUGGAACUUGCUCGCACAGAAGCCGUGGAAAACCUAAAUGAAGUUCAAUUAUUGCGACACAAAUUAAAGGAAAGAGAUGAUGAAAUGAAAGUGUUGUUGGAUCAAACGACCUCAAACCUUCAGCAUCAACUUGAUGAUGCUAAGCUUGAAAUUGAAGAUCGGAUGAAAACAGCAAAUCAAUUGAACGAACAACUUGUUUUGUUGCAAGAAGAAAUGGCAAUGCUACAAAAUGACCACAAGAUGGAGAUAGAAAGCAGGGAGAAAUGUGAAGAACAAUUAGUUGUUUUUAAGCAAGAGAAAGAACGACAAUCUAUUUCACUUACUGAAACUAAUAGGGAGUUACAAGACGCUCUUCUUGCUCGUGAGAACUUGUUGGAAAGAGAGGAAAGUCUCCGGAUGCAAGUUGAAGAAUCAGAGAAGAUGUUACGGCUUUGUCAAUCUUCCUCGGAAAGUGAUGAGGUUGAUUCAGAAGAUGAGAGAAACCUUAGUUCAACAGCAUUUGUUAUAUGUCGAGCCAAACUGCAUAAUCUGCGAGGCAGACUAAAGGAAUCAGACAGGUUGUUGGAAAAUGCAAACACAGAAAAUUCACGAUUAAAAGAGCAAUUAAUGGAAAAGCAGCAAACAAUGGAAAUAGCCGAAUUAGUGACCACAGAAAAUGUACAUGUUGAGUCUGACUGCAAGGAAACUGAUGAACCAACUAACACGAAAACCCCAGACACCAACAAUUUGGUUAACGAUGUACAAGAGCAGUUAGAAAGUGCAAACGAGACUAUACGGUUAAAAGAAAUUCAAAUACUUCAAUUAAAGGAUAAUCUGUCGAUAAAAGAAGAAACAAUCUCCAGUAUUCCAGGUCUCCAACAACAAAUAUUCUCCAUGCAAAGCCAAGUUGAAAGUGCAAGUGUGGAAAUUCUAAGCUUGAGAGAGCAAAUUAUGCAUCAACAACAAAAUCUGUCGGACAUGGAUAAGCAAAUGCAGAAACUGAUCGAGGAAUUAGACUGUGAAAAGUCUUCGAACAAUAAACACGAAGAAGAAAUUGAUUGUCUUCGACUUGAAACGGAACAGAAAUCACAAGUUAUUGAAUCUAUGGCUCAAAAUGAAGUAGAAAUAAAUGAAAAACUUGCAGAGGCUUUGAAAAGAUUAACUGAAAAACAAGACAGAAUUAAUGAAUUGGAAAGUGAAAUUAUUGAAUGCAUGCGUAUGAAAGAAGCAAUAACCGUUGAUUUUAACAAUUUGACUUCUUCAUUGGAAAAGGCUGAAUGCGAAAAAUCUGCGAUAAACGAUGAACUACGACGGUUGGAAGAUGUUCGUAAACAAACAGAGGCAAGUCUUGAUCAAGAAAUCGGUAAAUGUAAAACUUUGCACGAAAAUUCAAUGAAGGAACAACAGAAGUGGGAGGAAGUUCUUUUUAUGAAAGGGGAAGAACUGACCGAAGUAACGUCACGUUGCAUUCACCUGAUACGGGAACGCGAAGAGGCCGCGCGAAAAUUUGAACAAGCGUCUUCGACAAAGAAACAUUUCAUCGCAGCUGUGGUACUUCUCAUUGCUGUCGUCGUUUAUAUUCUACUUGCUUGUGGAAAUGGCGUGUCUACAACACCAUCAUAACUUACCGUGUAUCUUCCCUUCAUAAAUAGAUAUCGUAUAAACAUUUGUCUUCAUUCACUGUGUGAACCUUAUUAUUACGUCAUAAAAAGAAUAUAACGGGCGAUGACAUAUUUCGUGUAGUGUAUAAAGUUGCGUGCCUUGAUUACACUGGGUUUCCCGGUUAACGCAGUUCGUAUGCAUGUCUUAUAUAUUAAACCAUCGUCUAUUUGGCCGCACUGUCUACUGAAAAAUAUAAGCAGGUGCUUAAUAUUGAACCUAGCAACAUACGCUCGCUUUGCCACCAUUUCGUUUUCGUUGCUUUAUACCAUUCAUUGUGGAUCUAGUAGAAUAAACAUUCUAUACAGAGCGGACUUUA